AUUCCCAAAAUACCCUUACAUCACUGACCCUUCCCUUCCACUAUUUCCACUACUAUAUUACCAAGGGGCCAGCCACUUACGUUCUUCCUCUCUCUCUCUCUCUCUCUCUCCCUCCGAUGGCUUCCAUGGCUGCUAUCUUCAACAAUACCGCAUUCCCUUCUCGCUCCGUACACAAAUCCCUCAAUCCUCGUUUUACCCCUCCCUGCACUCUCUCCAUCUCCCUUCCGUCAUCCUCCUCCAUCCGCCUCCGGUCUUGCCAGAGGUUCCGGGUCCGAUCCGGGUUGAUAGAACCCGAUGGCGGGAAGCUCGUGGAGCUGGUUGUUGAAGAAUCACAGAGGCCUGCGAAGAGGAGAGAGGCGACUUCGCUUCCGAAAAUCAAGCUCACCGGGAUCGACGUGCAGUGGGUCCAUGUGUUGAGCGAGGGGUGGGCCAGCCCCCUCCGUGGAUUCAUGAGAGAAUCCGAGUUCCUCCAAACUCUUCAUUUUAACGCGCUCCGACUCGAAGACGGGUCGGUCGUUAACAUGUCGGUGCCGAUCGUCCUCGCCAUCGACGAUUCGCAGAAGCACCAAGUCGGUGAGUCGACCAGGGUCGCGCUCGUUGACUCCGACGACAACCUUGUUGCCAUUCUCAACGACAUUGAGAUAUACAAACAUCCUAAAGAAGAACGGAUAGCCAGAACAUGGGGAACUACUGCUCCUGGGCUACCUUAUGUGGAAGAAACUAUAAAAAAUGCUGGAAAUUGGCUGAUUGGAGGGGCGUUAGAGGUUUUAGAGCCUAUCAAGUACCAUGAUGGCCUUGAUCGGUUUCGAUUGUCUCCUUCAGAACUACGUAAGGAAUUUACAAGCCGUAAUGCAGAUGCAGUAUUUGCUUUCCAGCUCAGGAAUCCCGUGCACAAUGGCCAUGCCCUUCUCAUGACUGAUACUCGUCGUCGACUCCUUGAAAUGGGAUACAAGAACCCCAUACUUUUGCUUCAUCCUUUGGGAGGUUACACAAAAGCAGAUGAUGUUCCUCUUAGUUGGCGGAUGAGACAACAUGAGAAGGUGCUUGAAGAUGGUAUUCUUGAUCCAGAGACAACUGUGGUUUCAAUAUUUCCAUCUCCUAUGCAUUAUGCUGGUCCAACUGAAGUACAGUGGCAUGCAAAGGCUCGAAUAAAUGCUGGGGCUAACUUUUAUAUUGUUGGUAGAGACCCGGCUGGCAUGGGCCAUCCAGUGGAAAAAAGAGAUCUGUAUGAUGCUGAUCAUGGGAAGAAGGUACUGAGCAUGGCACCUGGACUUGAGCGGCUGAAUAUCCUUCCUUUCAAGGUGGCUGCAUAUGAUAAAACUCAAGGCAAAAUGGCAUUCUUUGAUCCCUCAAGGGCCCUGGACUUCCUGUUCAUAUCAGGCACCAAGAUGCGAACACUGGCAAAGAACAAAGAGAAUCCUCCCGACGGAUUUAUGUGCCCUGGUGGGUGGAAAGUGCUAGUUGAAUAUUACGAUAGUUUGAGUCCACCCAGGAUCAACGACAAAGUCCCUGAAGCAGUUGCUGUUUAAGAAGUAAGGAUGACGGAAAGAAUUGUGUAUGAUAGAUUUGUAACAUGAUUGAUGUUUGAGAGAAACUUCUGGACUAUGUAAAGAAA